AUGACCCAGCUCGAGCAUCUUCCUGGCGAGCUCCUCGCAAGCGUCGCCGAAUGGGUCAAAGAGAUCUGUGGCCUCGCCUCUCUGACCAAGACGAGCCGGCGUCUCAAUGCGGUUGCCACACCGCUGCUGUAUCGCGAAGAAGUACGCCGCAACAACCAAAGCGCCCUGUUGUACUGCGCUGGCGAAGGCCUUCUGGGAUCUUUGGAGCUUCUCCGAGCCGCCGGCCAAGAUCUUGCCGCGAGAAGGAUCAGUUAUUCCGAACCCGAAGCAACGAUCAGAGAACCAUUCAACACAGACAGGAGAUCUGGGGCUUCCGGACGUCCCCGUUUGCCUAGGGGAGUUGGAAAGACUUGGGAGGGAGCAAUCCACCGCGCCGUUUUAAAAGGCGAGGCCGAGGUAGUUCGCUGGCUGAUUACCAACGGCGUACCCGUCAAUCAGUCAUCAAAAAAUCUAUGCAAGUGCGAUAAUGCCUUAGGUCCGGAUCCCAAUACUCCCCUGCGUUUAGCCCUGUGCCACCGCCAGAUGGAGGCGGCUCACAUUCUCCUGGCAAACGGUGCCACAAUGAGGUACAUCGGAGCCUUUCCGGAUACGACGGCCUGGCAAGCCGCUGUGGGCGGGCAUCAACCAGCUGCCGCAAUGGAAUUUGCUUUCUCCGUUGCCUCCAAGCACUCUGAGGUCAUCCAUGGUCAUAUGGGCAGCUUCACGGACGAGAAGCAUCAUUCAGAAAACGCUAUACGAGACAGUUGCAUCAAACCAAUGGUGGAACUAGACGAUCAAUCUCAGUCCUAUAGCGCAACGGCUGCUUCGCACUUUUGGGAAGUUGCCCAAGCUGACACCAUUGCGGGCAUCGACAAUCCACUUCAGCAAGACGGCCUCGCGGAUACCGAUGGCGCCGUUCAGGCAGGAAGCGCGAUGGCUAUCGACGUACCAGGCCCCAAGCUACAGUGCAAAGGACGUCCUAUUGCGGAAGACGAUAUUCUCAGCGCUGUCACCGACUUGUUAGACCCGAUCGCUGCCAUAGAGGCCUACGCCGACAGCGAUAAGAAGGAGUAUGUCUUAGGCCAAAAGAGACGGUUGAAAAAGAUCGCUACAAGAGCUAGCCACAAGAAGAAGAAGAUUGCUGGACACUACGUCUGA